AUGCCACCCACCACGGGGAUCCCGAAUAUCCACAAUCAACUCCGGCCGCGCAGGUCCCGAUGCAAAACAGGAUGUCUGUGCUGUCGUCUUCGGAAAAAGAAAUGCGACGAAAAUAGACCAACAUGCUCCAGCUGCAGUCGACUAGGACUAGAUUGUUCAUGGCUGACGUUUAAAGAGUUUGCCUGGCGGCGGCGCAUGGGGCUGUCGUCCAGCGACCCUGAUGGCCUGGGUACACCCGGAGGAAAGCCCCGACCGCUUGACAAUUUAUCUGGUCAAACCCAGCAGGACGACUCACGCGUCAACUUUGGGCAUCAUCCCAUCCAGAGGCAAAUAUCAACACCACGUAUCAAUUUCACCGGCCUGCCUGGACAGAAGGCGUCAUGGCUUUUGCAAACUUAUGUCGACAGAAUCGCGCCCCGUUUCCUGAGCAUCCCGAAAGGCUUCCGAAACCCAUUUGUGCAGGAUGUUCUUCCCAUGGCCUCCGCAGAUACGCUUGUGAUGAAUGUGGUGCUGGCUGUGGGAGGAUCAACGCAUGAUGUCGGUCGUCCAGUUGGCCGAUCAGAGGAAAGAGAAGUCCUCCAACAUUAUGGGCAGGCAAUUAGGGAGCUGGAGUUAGGUCUGACCAAAUGGGUAGCUGGAACACCAGGGGAAUGGGACGCCGUCCGGUUGUUUCUCACUGUCAUCCUUCUAAGUCAUUAUGAGAUAAUCCGAGGGAACAAGAAAGGUCAUCUCUUCCAUCACCUCCGCGCUGCUCGAGUAUUUGCGCCCACCAUUUACACCUUCAAGGAUGGCCAGUGGAGCGCGCUUGUCGGCGUCUUGCUCGAGAACUACGUCUACUUUGAACUCUGCUCCGGUCUGCGUUUGGUCCCUGACCAGAUUGACAUCCAAGCCGCAGCCCAAUGCGUCGUCCCCCAGCUCGACAGCCUACGCAAAUUGAACACCUGGGGAGUGAUGUUUGGCAGUACGUCGGAGAUCUUCGAACUCGUACCUGACAUUUGUGAGCUGGCCUUGCGUCGGAAAGAGGAACUAGCUACUGGAAAGGAUUUGCACUGCGAAGAGACAUUCCAGAACCUCAAGACAGCCAUCACCGGUUGGAGAAGGGAUGCAGAUGACGACGACGGCUUCUCUACAGAUGAAGCAUUUUCUCAGGGCAAGAUCGCCGCCGGGAUCGUCUCCCAGAAUGCGCUAUUCCUAUUCCUCAUGUCUUCUUAUCUGCAGGACCAGGAUCAGGAGUAUCUUCGGCAGAUCUCGGGACCCCUGGUCGACGCGAUGAUUGAGGUUGCACCUAUCCUGCGCAAGACGACCUUUGUAAAUACUAGUUUCUGGCCAGUGAUCGUGACUGCAUCAUAUGCCACUACAGCAGCACAGCAUAAGAGCAUUGUGGAGUAUUUCCCACUGAUCAUGCCGGUUGUUGCGCGCGCCUUGGAGGUCUUGCAGUGGAUCUGGGAUGAUCCAGAAGGCGUCUUUGGCUUAUCAGGGAUGGCAAAGGUGAUUGAAUCACAUAAGACAAGUUACUGCUUUGGGUGA